CCCCCACCCCUGAUAGCUACAGAGAUGGAUGGAUGAAUAGAGAAUGCCGUAAGAAGAAAGGAAAGGAGACUAGCAGUACUUACAGACUCUAUAUAUUUAGAGUGGUGGGAGAGAGAAAAAUGUUAAGAGAGGUGCAGAUCAGCACAGAAGUAGAGCAUAAAACAACAAAGGAACCAAAAAGAUACCAUCAAAGCACCAAAGAAAAAGAAAGCUUAUAUAGUUGAAGCUUAGGAUAGAAAGGGUCAUCACCACAUCCUUCUCACAAAGCCUGUGCCAUCAAAAAGAAAACUUACCCAAGUGAGAGAUAUUGAGUGAUUCAUUCAUUUGAUAGAGAGAGAAGCCUGAAACUUUCUUUCUUUGCCUUUUCUUACCUUCUCCACCACCACAAGAGAUAAGAGUUUAGAGCACUGAAAAGGAUCCAUAUAUCCAUCUCAGUACACCAUAAAAUAUCAAAGAGAUUAUAAUUAAGCAACAAGGAAGUGACCCAUAUGAUUACAACUUCAAAGCAAUAGAAUUCUCAAUCUUUUUUCUUCCUCUAUAGAGUGAAAAGGAGAGAGAUAUGUGUGGACUUAAAGAGGAAGAUCAAGGAGAGUGUUCUCAAACCAUCCAUAACCUACAAAACUACCAAGAGCAGCUACUUCUACAAUACCACCAACAAAUGCAACAGCACCAACAACAACAAAGCAGUGAUAUCUAUGGAGGAGCUAGAGGAUCAGGAUUUAUUUUCCCUGAAGUUUCACCUAUCUUACCAUGGCCUCUCCCCCCUGUUCACUCUUUCAACCCGGCGCACUUCACGCCAAACCACCCAGUUCGUGAUCAUGACCCAUUUCUUAUCCCUCCUCCAGUACCAUCCUCAUACGGGGGUUUAUUCAAUAGAAGAGCUCCUUCCCUUCAGUUUGCUUAUGAUGGUACCCCAAGUGAUCAUCUUCGGAUCAUAUCUGACACUCUUGGACCGGUGGUUCAACCCGGUUCAGCUCCUUUCGGUUUACAAGCUGAGUUGAGCAAGAUGACUGCUCAAGAAAUUAUGGAUGCUAAGGCUCUUGCUGCUUCUAAGAGUCACAGUGAAGCUGAGAGGAGAAGAAGAGAGAGAAUCAACAACCACCUAGCUAAGCUACGCAGUUUGCUACCCAGCACCACCAAAACAGACAAAGCUUCACUGCUAGCAGAAGUGAUCCAACAUGUUAAAGAGCUAAAACGCCAGACUACUUUGAUAGCCGAAACAAGUCCAGUACCAACAGAAAUGGAUGAGCUAACAGUGGAUACGGCUGAUGAAGAUGGUAAGUUUGUGAUCAAAGCAUCACUUUGCUGUGAAGACAGGCCUGAUCUCUUGCCUGACCUAAUAAAGACCUUGAAAGCUUUACGUUUAAGAACAUUAAAAGCUGAGAUCACAACACUUGGUGGACGUGUAAAGAAUGUUUUGUUUAUUAGUGGUGAAGAAGAUUCAUCAAGUGAUAGCAAUGAUCAACAUCAGCAGCAGGAACCACUACAAUAUUCUAUAAGUUCGAUUCAGGAAGCAUUGAAAGCAGUUAUGGAGAAGACUGGAGGUGAUGAGUCUUCCUCGGGAAGUGUUAAGAGACAGAGAACCAAUAUCAAUCUCCUUGAACAACAACAACAACAACAACAGCACAGGUCUCUAUAAUUUUACUAAGAGAUCAGUACCUUACUCUUCUAAUGCCUCUCCCUUCUUUUUUUCUUUGCUUGUGGGUGUGUUUUUUUGGUGUGUUUAUUGGUGUAGUUUUUGCCAGUUAACAAAGAAGGCAAUGAUGGUAUAUUGGUGUGUGUUUUUGGACUUACAUCACUACAAAAUAUAGUAUACGUAGAUAGUGAGAGAAUUAAAGAGGGCGUGGAUUAUAUGGGUUGGUACGUACUUGGUGGGGUUACCUUCCCAUUUUGCUGUCGGGUGGUUGUGCUGAGAAAAAGGAAUGGGAGAGAAAUCACACAGAGAGGAUCGAGAAGGGCAAGCACAAGCCAACAAAGAAAAUAUUGGCAGAGAGGAGGAUGCAUGUACUAAAAGUUGUAUUCAAACCAUGGGAUCAAAGGAAGCUAUAUAUUUUCCCUUGUUAGGAUUUAAUAUAAGGUUUCUCUUCCAACGAAAAA